AUGCCGCUAUACGGGAAAGCGAUCCGUAGUCUCUCUCAGACUUUAAAGACUGACCAGGCCUUCACUAUGGAAACUCUGGCAGCAAUUCUGAUUAUGCAGCGCGCCGAGGCCUUGUUCGACCCUGGACACCGUCCACUCAUCCACUCUAAAGGAAUUGCAUCUCUCUUGGCUAGGGUUGGUCCUCCUAAAGCCGGUGACAAGUUCCACGCUAGUGUUUUCGCCGAGACAUAUAGCGUUAUGAUACCAUAUUGGAUGAUGACGGGUUGGGAUAAUCUCAUCGAAAAGCCCCCAUGGAGAGACGCUGUCGUUAGUGGCUUGACUGAAUAUACCGGAGUGCCGGAGCUUAAGCCAUAUUUUUAUACAGCCUUCGACAAGAACAACAGGCUAUGUGAGAAAGUGCCCGUUUUGAUGCAAGGUAUCAUGGUCCUUUUUCAAGAUCCCGAACAUGAAAAGUUCUCUGCCAUCUCGCCAUUCGUUCAGCAGAUGACAGAGGAGUUUCGCACAGCAGAGACUUCUGUAAGAGAAGCCGUCUAUGCCAUCUUUGACGAAGCAAUGAAGCUGGGAGCAAUAAUCGAGGAGGACAAGUCCACGCCCCUUACCAGGACUAGCUACAACUUCUCCUCAACCCACCUGGCUCAGUCACUAGUCUCAUAUCUCUCUUUUCACAUUUACAUAUUACGUCUUCGUUAUCAGUGGAAUGUCUCAUUUCAACUUCCAGACGCGCCCGAUUUGUACAAGAUAUUCCAAGAUGCUUGCAUUAGAAUAUGGAAAUUUGUUCCUUUUAUGCAGAAAGCUUGGCUCUUCCUGCUACGACAUCUACAAAGCUCUCUUGCAAUCAGCUUCGAGGCAGCAAACGAAGACGAGAAAGACUAUAUUCUAAGUAUUUUUGAGAACUUGGACAGGCAUGGCAAGAAGGAGUCCAGGACUCGUGAAGAGCUUAGAAGCCAACUGGAGCAGCAGUCAUUAUUACUGCAGAUGGAAUGGAGGUAG